AUGGUCAAAUUAACUUCAAUCGCUGCUGGUGUCGCCGCCAUCGCUGCUGGUGCCUCCGCAACCACCACUCUAGCUCAAUCUGACGAAAGAGUCAACUUGGUUGAAUUGGGUGUCUACGUCUCUGAUAUCAGAGCUCACUUGGCCCAAUACUACAUGUUCCAAGCCGCCCACCCAACUGAAACCUACCCAGUUGAAGUUGCUGAAGCCGUUUUCAACUACGGUGACUUCACCACCAUGUUGACUGGUAUUUCCCCAGACCAAGUCACCAGAAUGAUCACCGGUGUCCCAUGGUACUCCACCAGAUUAAAGCCAGCUAUCUCCAAGGCUCUAUCCAAAGAUGGUAUCUACACUAUCGCAAACUAG